CUUAGCAACCCGAGCACGUAGCAACGGCUCGACCAAUCGGUGCCCUUCCAGUGAUUCCACCGACUGCGGUUCCUUAGCAACGCUGUAAAAAUUGCGCUGACGUCCAUUCUGUUCAGGAGUAUUAUGGUCUGUCGGGAAUUCAGAGUGGCUGGGACUGGAGAAAAAUAUCUGCUCUGCUAGCGUUAGCGUCCACCGAGCUAACGGUAGGUAGCACCGGAGUAAACAUGGAGCUCUCUGCCGUCGGGGAAAGAGUGUUCGCCGCCGAGUCUAUCAUCAAACGGAGAAUAAGGAAGGGUCGGAUUGAAUACCUGGUGAAAUGGAAGGGCUGGUCACCAAAAUACAGCACUUGGGAGCCAGAGGAGAACAUUCUGGACUCCCGCCUGUUCGCCGCUUUCGAACAGAAGGAGCGUGAACGGGAGCUGUACGGGCCCAAAAAGAGAGGACCGAAGCCCAAGACGUUCCUGCUCAAGGCGCAGGCCAAAGUCAAAGGGAAGGCCUAUGAGUUCAGGAGCGAGGCAGCACGAGGGAUGCGUGUCACCUACCCAUCUCCAGAGCCAGUUGUCACGCCCAGGGCUAGAGAGGGCCUCAGAGCUGUUGUUCCCACAAUUUUCCCUCCCAGCACAGUCAACCGCGGAGAGAGUGUGCGUGUUCCGGCGACAGAACUCGCUACGUGUGAAAUCCGGCAGCCUUCCUUACGCCAAACCUGUCCAGGCAGUCUCAUGCAGGUGCCCAAGAAAAGAGGCCCGAAGCCCAAGCCUCGCUUCGGCUCCACUGCCUCUGAGCCCCACAAGAGGAGAGAUGAAGAACAGCUGAGCCACAGCCCUCACACUCUGGCCACGCUCCAAGGAGUUGAAGACGUGACGCUAGUUAAAUUUGCCCAGAGACACCCAGAGGACCACAGCCACUGCCAUAAACACCACCAUCACCACCGCCACCAGCACCAUCACCACACGCUCAGCCAGGGGCUCUCCGGUGGAAGUUCCUAUAAGCAGCUCUACUUGGACCACAGCCCGCGCCCUCACAGGAUGGAUGUAAACAUACACAUGGCUAAGGAUGGCUCCAGCCACCUGGCACCCGCGCACUUCAAGCACCAGAUGGAGAAACCAUACUUUUUGGACAGACCGUCUCCGACGAGGUUUGACGAUGACGCGGACGAGGUGACGUGGAGGCCGUCUCUGGGCAACGUGGAAAAGAUCCUGGUGACCGACGUCACCACCAACUUCCUGACGGUCACAAUUAAGGAGAGCAGCACAGCUAAAGGCUUCUUCAAAGACAAAAGAUGAUUGUUUUUCAUCCCAAAUUUUCUUAGUUCAUGAUUAUUAAGCAGAGCUUUUUUUGUGCGUAAUGUAUAAAAGCAAAUUACAUAUUGUGCAUAUGUGUAUAUAUUUAUAUAUAUAUAUAUAUAUAUAUUAUAAAGUUGGACAUUUGUUUAAUGUAUUGACCAAAUCAAAUGAAGUUCAUAUGUUGCACUGGGUAACAUGUUGCAUGUUUCCUUUGCACCAGCAGCUUGUUUGUGUACAGAGCUUAUAGUUUUACUGUUUUGCAAAUACAACUAACUAGAAUGUAUUUUUAUUUCACACGUUUGUUCCCAAGCUUCAUAUUUUCAAAGGCAAGAAAAUUUUCAAUACAAGAUUCAGUUUGUACCUGUUCAAUUUAAAUGGACUCGACUGAAGAUAACCUGUUCAGUUCAAGAGGGUUAAUAUUUAAAAUGUUACUUGAGCACUUUGAAUUAAAAAAAAAAAAAAGAUAUUAAGAAAUAAUCUGUUUUAAAGACCGAGCCUGUUUCGCAUAAAUAUCUCUAAUUAACCUAAUUAAUACGUUCAACACGGACACUUUAACUGUUUCCUAAGAAACAUUAACAGAGAAUAUAUUUUACGUUUUCAUGGAAAUUCUUACUGAAGCCUUGGUGUAAUAUGAUGACAGUUUCUUUGAAGAUGUUUUCUAAUAAAUCCCCCUUGGUUCAUUUAUGUUUCUUAUUUUUAUUUAUCUAAUUGAAUUAUCUAUUUUUUUCCUUUAACCUUUAGUUUAGUGGCGCUUACAGCAACAUUAACGUUUUAUGCGAAAUCUGAGGAAGCAAUAUUCUCAAUUUAACAGGCCAAAUAAAAGCAUGACAGAAGCAGUAUGAGGCCUCAUAAUUGACAUAAGCGCGUCCGGCCCGCGUUCACCCGUGCUUCGUUUUGCGUGUGUUUGCAGCUCUGCUCUUUCUGUUGGCCACGGUCGAUUUAAAGUCACUUAAUAAACAAAUAAAUAAACGUCUUUACGGACAAAGGCCAA